GUGGCGCUGCUUUGUCACUCGUGUGGGCGGAGACAUUCUGUGUUGUGUGCAAUCAGACCUCCAAUAGAAGCUAACAGCCCUGUAUACUUGAGUCCUAUCUAUCUUCAAAGAGUCGCUUAUUCACAGUUCCAAGACGUCGUAGGUCACCUUCAUAUGCGUAAGAUGGUUGUUUUGUCCAAUGAUCGACAUGAAGAACAGGAUCUCAUCCUGAUAGAGGAGCGCCGCUGUGCCUCCCUGCCCGGCUCCCCGGCCAAGCGCGUCUCCUCGGCCCGGAAGAAGCAGUUCUACAUCAGCAAGGCCAACCGCAACUCGGAGCUCACGCCCCGCGCCAAGGGCAGGAAGAGCCUGCAGCGCCUGGAGAACUCCCUCCACCUGGCCAACCUGUUGGAGAAGGAGGAGUGCUGUGUGGAGGAGCUGGAGGUGGGCUCCCACCCCGCCCUGCCCUCCAUCUUCACGGAGGCCUGCACCAACGAGUGCUACGCCGAGCACUGGGACGACUUCAUGAACCGCUCGGGGGAGGAGCAGGAGCGACUGCUGGCCCUGCUGGAGCAGGAGGCCCGGAAGAGCAAGAGCCGACUCCUCAAGGAGCAGAUCAACGUGGCGGACGUGUUCCCCGCUCAGGCCUGCUUCCUGCGCAUCGACCGACGCCUGCGCUGCAGUCUGCGACGCAAGCAGAUCCCCAUGGGAACUCUGGAGGUGCUGGAGGAGGCCGUGUUGAACUUCUUCAAUGCCCAACCGCACGCCGUCUACACCGCCAAACUGGCCAGCAGCUUUGAGAGGCUGCUGCUCCACGCCCUGUGCCAGUACAUGGACCUGGUGUCUGCAAGCUCCGACUGCAACGGCUCUCGUCAGACGGAGGUGGUCAACAAGCAGGAGGACUUCCAGGCCCCAUGCCCGCUGCUCUCGGUGUACCUGGAGAACAUGACGAGGCGCCUCGCCCUGAUUGCUCCCGACGAGCCGGCUGUCGCCCUGCGGGGUCGACUCCGCCCGUCGGUGUGUGAACGUGUGCUGGAACGGUCUCUCUCUCUCUCUGUUCCUAACGCCCCUGCCUCUCUCCUCUCGUCCCUGCAGCUGUACGAGCUGGACGGAGACCCCAAGCGGAAAGAGUUCCUGGACGACCUGUUCAGCUUCAUGCAGAAGAGAGGGACCCCGGUGAACCGCAUCCCCAUCAUGGCCAAGCAGGUGCUGGACCUGUACAUGCUGUACCAGCUGGUGACGGAGAAGGGCGGCCUGGUGGAGGUCAUCAACAAGAAGCUGUGGAGGGAGAUCACCAAGGGGCUGCACCUGCCCACCUCCAUCACCAGCGCUGCCUUCACCCUGCGCACACAAUACAUGAAGUACCUCUACCCCUACGAGUGUGACAAGCGGGCGCUGAGCAACCCCAACGAGCUCCAGGCGGCCAUCGACAGCAACCGGCGCGAGGGCCGUCGGCAGAGCUUCGGCAGCUCGCUCUUCACCUACUCCCCCAACGGGACGCCCACCAUGCUGUCCUCCCCCAAGGUGCCCGGCCACGGGCACGGCCACGGGCACGGCCACGGGCACGGCGGCGGCGGCCACGGCUACGGCCACGGCGGCAUGCCCCUGGGCACCAACGGAACCUCGCUCACCCCCAUCCAGAAGAUCAAGACCGAAGAGGAGGCGGGCCAUCCUCUGUCGGGGUUCGGCGCCAUGGGUCGGCUGACCGGCAGCCCGCUGGCGAGGCACUCCGUGGCGGCCAUGCAGGCGGCGGCGGCGGCGCAGGCCACCAUGGCGGCGCAGGUGGCGGCCCUGGAGCAGCUCCGGGACAAGCUGGAGGCCGGGGAGCCGCCGGAGAAGAAGAUGGCGCUGCCCGUAGAGGAGCACCAGCGGCUGAUCCAGAGGGCCCUGCAGCACAACCUGCUGGCCAUGACCGCACAGAUGCCCAUGAACGUCCGCAUCAGACAACCAAGCAGUCAGGAAGGCAGACAGGACUCCGCCCUGAACCUCACCACCAGCACCGCGAGCAGCAUCAGCAUGUCUGUGGAGCUCAACGGAGUCGUGUACACCGGUGUCCUCUUCGCCCAGGGCGCGGGCCCCGCCCUCACGGGCCCUUCGUCCCUCAGCAAAGCCAUGGGGGGCCGAGGGGGCCCUCAGCAGCUCCCGACCACGCCUACCUCAAGCAAUCCGUCGUCAUAACAACCCCGGAGUCCCCCCCCACCCCCGCCCCCCCCCCCCUGCCCACUUUGCAACUAUUAAGCUAAAUCAAGCCAAAAACCAACCUCGUUUUUUUCUACAUAGUGUAUGCCAAAAAAGGAAAAGAAGAAAACCACACACUCAACAUAGAGACUCCAAACUGAAACUCAGACCACUUUACAUACCCUAUCUCUCAGGUUAUAUCACUAUCCAUCGGUUUCUUUGUGCUACAGAACCCAACGGGAAUCCAAAGAAAGAGCCAGUAUAUGAAAAAAAAAAAAAAAAAAAAAAGAUGUAUGCACAACAUGUGAAUAAUAUAUUUCUACAUAAAUGUACAUAUUACAAGAGAAAUGAGGUUCUAUCGAGGAAGGGUAAUGCACUGUUUACACACAGACUAACAGACACGCACACAUGUAUACAACCCCACCAACAGACACUCACACACACACUCAGCUACUGACUGACAGUAAUGUUUGUCCUCUCAGAUAUUUUUUUCUUUUUACAAUAUUAUUGUUUUUAUUAAUAUUACUAUCAUUGUUAUUCUUGUUAUUCUUGUUGGAUAUUAUUGUAAUCUUAAACAAUUCUUACUGAAAAAUAACUACACAUUCCCCAAUAUACUUGGGGGGUUUUAUUUAAAAAAGAAAAAAAAAGGAGAUUAUCAGUAUCCUCUAUUUUUAAUCAGAAGGAAAGCUUUAAAAAGUGUAUGUACUUUUUAUUCAGGGCAUAUAUAAUGAAUUACCGUCGUGACCUCAUAUUGUGUGAAACAAUUGCUUUUGCAUGGUGCAGCUGGAAUGGUUGAAUCAGCCCCUCCUCCAAGAUACAACAUUUGAUAUAUUUUCUCUGAUGCUACUGGGAAAGCCAUAAAGCAGUCCUCCUCUUGACUCGAGAGCUUCUGGUUCCUGCUUCCUGCUUCCAGAACCAGAAUUCUUCCCUCGGCCUCGAUCCGGGUGUUUUCUCAGACGUCAACGUCUCGCUAACGCUUUCAUCCACCAACCCACGGGUCCCCUCCCCUCAGCGCCAUGGCAACAAGGGUUGAUCAAUAACCCCGCCAUUACGAGCCUGUGCGUCCUGCUCGUUAUGUCCUUUACCGCACAAUCACCGCAGUCCCCCGGUGUUUGGUUUCUGUUCCUUCUGAGGCCUUAGCUUAGCUUAGCAUAGCAUAGCAUAUUACGAGAUGAGUGUGCACAGUAUACCUCUUCUCUUAUCAUGCUUACAGGAAUGACUUGGGGUUGCUAUUUUUUUUUAUUACCAAUUGUGUGGCCAUUACAACUGCUGACAGUGAAACAAAAUGAAAGUUACAUUUUGUUAAACCGUGACUGGUGACUGUAUCUCUCUGGUUAGCUAUGUAGCUACUAAAAAUAGCCAUAGUCUAACCAACUGUUUUUUUUAUUACCUGGAAAUGUCGUCUGCUUAAAGGUUGCUGGUUAAUGUAUCAGUGCUCGGAGCCUGUCGACAAACCCUCUCAUAACUUCACUCCCAUACUCUCCUGUACCGAGGCAUAUGUGGUCAUGUAACCUUUUUAAAGUGGGUCAACGUUUUAAAGUUUACAUGACUUGACAACAGGACCUUUUGCUUCCUGAUCAUUUGAUUGUUUCGGUUUCUACGAAUUCUUAUCAUUCGUUUUGGCGUUAUCAUUUUCUGAAAUAGGGCUAUUCGUCUGAAUAGGUUUCUAGUUUUAAGGUUUGCAGAUAGAAAUGAGUCCUUUUCUGGCACACAGAGAUGGAUAUCAACGUAUUUUAAAACUUGCAGAUGCCUCUAUUCUGUGCAGAGUUUUGCAAAUGAGCGUUUUUCUGAUGACAACCAAAUGUCUGUACUGUCUUUUCUCUGCAUGACAUCCGCCUUUGGGUGGGCGGGUGACGUAUCCAAAGCACCACUGUGUGAGGACUUGGCUUGAUUGUUGUUUUUUAAGUAUGGGUUGCCUUGAAAUGCGCAUUUUCAGCUAUUUUAUUAUGUGUUGUUGUGUAUGUUUUUACUCCAUUUGCUGAAUGCAAUCAGCCACUACCUGUGAUGGUCAAAUGAGACAUCAUGGUGAACUACAAUGAUCAACGGAAAUCUAAUGUAAUCUAAAUCUCUUUUUAGUUACCGCCUCCGUUACCUUCCCUCGCUCUCUCUCUCUCCCUCCGCUUUCCCUGACACAGAUGUCACAGCUCAGCUCCAGUUUGGUAAAAAUGGCUGACAAUCAAAGCAAGACAUUCUGUCGUGGCCGUUGAAACACUGAGUGGCCUAUAAAGGGGUUUGGGGGUGGUGGGGCAAUAGGGCAGGAAGUACGCACGGACAAUUCAAUCAAUCUCCAAUCUAAAGGGUCAGCAGUGUGGUUUGAGAUUGACCCCACGACCUUUAAGGCCCCCCCCCCCCCCCCCCCCCCCCAGGUAUAAUGGCACCUGCCCAUCAGUUCAAUUCAAGCAGUGGGAUUGGAGAUCAGAGCUAGCUGGAUAGCGACAAUCAGAGGAUAUUUUCUAUGUACCGCAAAUGCUGAAUGGAUCCGUAUGGGUGUGAGCAUAGCAAAGCUCCUCUGUCUACCUCAAGGACUUGAUAUAAGGAAAAGUGUACUCAGGACAGAGCAAUUACACAAAGCCCUGUGAUAUUUAUACAAAAAAAGGUGUUUGGUUUAUGCUGGUUCAUAAUAUGAAUUGGAAUCUAGGGUAGAAUAAAAAUAUAUAUUGUUUCGAAAACUACCGGACAAUCUGAUGUCAUCUGAACAUCAUUUGAUGAGAAUUUACUAUAAUUAUUUUAGCAGGGUUAAGGGAAACAGGAAAGGUUCAACAUCUCAAUUAUGUGUUGGGUAACAGUGCCCCCUAGUGGAAUGUUUCGUUACAACGCACAAUCACAGAUCUGCAAUCAGAUCUUCUCUCCUCAAGGCAGUCUCAAUCAUAAGGUUAGCCCUGGGGAAUUCAGAUCUUCGUUCAAACUAGAGUCACUGGUAUAUUAUAUUCUAUGCGUUUAUUCAAACGUAUUGGUCUUUCUCUUGUCCCCCUCACAUGGAAACAGUCCAUACCACUUGGCUUUGUCCCUUUUUAUGGCAUGGAUUGUUUAUUUAAUUAAAAAGUCUACCAUAAAAUGUACAUGAUAGACAUGAAGAGGAAUACCGUGGUGAGACGUCGAUGCCUUCUGCUGUGACAAUUGUAGGAAUUAACCUAUGUAAAGAUUUAUUAACAAAUUUGCUUUUAUUCCCAGGGCUACAGAUUAUAUCAUGUCUAUAUUAUUGUUUGUUAACAAUUUUGGUUGCUAAUUUCUUGCCGUUUAAAGAUAUGCUGUAUCCAGCCCUGCACACAGAGAUUACAUAGAGAAAAGAACUAAUCAAAGAUUGAAGUGAUGAUAUACUGCUACUUAUAUUGAUACGUGACGUUGGUGAUGAUUCUGGAAGACACUUGGGCAGGUGUCGCUUUGCAGCAGUGUAAAAAAAAAAAAAAAAAAAGUGUUCCAUAUAAUCCGGGAAAUCUCAAAUUGUAUCCAAGGCUGUCUUUUUCUUAGGAAUUCUCAGGAAAACCUACAUCUACCUCCAGUGUGACAGACACCCGAACCCCUGACAGUUCGGACGUAACAGUUUAGCGCGUACAGAGUUACGAAUCGAAUCUACUUUACGCUCUCACACUCUCUGGUUGUUGUUGUUUUAAAGGCGUGUUACAGGUUUUUCUUACGUGUAGCACUACGAUGCAGUACAUGCAGUCUGAUUGGUCAAAGGAGUGCCACCAGUCACAUUGUAGCUCUGGCUGCUACUUAGGAUGAUGGAUUUGCAGGACCCCCGCUUUUCUGUCGGUUAGGCCUAUAUCAACAUCUGCUUCUUAUCUUUUAUCCCCCCCCCCCCCCCCCCCAUGUUUUUAUUCGAACAGAUGAAAAGUAGUUUUUUUCUUUCUGCUACUUGUAGACAUAGUGGAAGUUAAGAGGAGCAAGGAGAUGGGUCUCUUUGUUGUUUUGUUUUGUUGUUAGCUGGGUCCAAGUCCCAGAUUAUACAUUAUCAACAUGCUUUUCCGAAUGUGAGAUCAAUUUUGGCUAUAUACAACGUUUUUUUUUUUUUUUCUUUGGGGAGGGGGGGGGGGGGGAUCUUGUUAAUGCCUAUUUACUCAUUAAUAUGUUUGUGUGAAUACUAUUAUUUUGAAUCUCAAAUAAAAUUGUAACUUUCUCAAUUGUCA